AUGGCAGCAGAGGCGAAUGGGCGGCCGAUAGACCCAACUACCGCCAAAGGUAGACCAAACGGCCAGGUCGUUGGACGGAAACCUACGGGCAAGAAAGGUACAACACAAAGCCUUUCAAGUAAGGGCUUUGGCUGGAUCGCCAGGCUGCUCGUUUGGUAUACCGUUAUUACUGCCCUCUUUCGCUGUCCCUCGUCUUUCGACAAUCUCAACGAGGGAUCUCCCAAAGUUUGUGAGCCUUACCUGAGUGUGCGAUCACAUGUAGCACCAUACCUCGAGCCUUUCUAUAAAUCAUACGCUGCACCUCAUGUGGAGAAGGUACGUCCGUAUGUUGCGAAAUUCAACCAAGAGAUCUACACCCCAUCGUUGGCAUAUGGAAAACAAAGCUAUGACAAUCAUGGGGCUCCAAGAGUCCAGCAGGCCCGAGCAUAUGGCCAGGAACAGUGGGCAAACAUUGUGAAACCUCAGAUUGAUACCGCUCAGGCACAGGUCAAGAAGCAGUACGACUCCAAUUUGGCCCCACAGGUCAACAAAGCUUCUGCUGCAGCUGCUCCCUACUAUGCUUUCAGCCGCCACAGCAUUUCCGAGAUAUACAAUACAUACAUUUUGCCGACAUUGGAGACUUCCCGUCCGUAUGCUGAAAGUACUUACGCGUUCGGACACAAGCUUACUGUCGAGACCGGUCUGCCAUAUGCCCAAUCCGCAUGGUCAUCGACCGUCGUGUUGUUUGACCACACCAUAUGGCCGAAGCUUCGUGUUCUAUAUGGUAACAAUGUUGAGCCUCAGUUGGUCAGAAUUGGGGAGAGGCUUGGUAGAUACCGCGACGGUAAAAAGCUCAAAGCCGUCAUGGAAGAGGAUGAUAGCUCGAGCCAGCUUUCUUCGACAUCAUCUAGCACUUCAUCAAUCGUAGCGUCGAUCGCACCUCAAAGCUCUAGCCCCACCACGACCACUGAAUCCUCAGCAGCCAGCGCAUCCUCUGCGACUUCUGAAGAAGAAGCGAAACAGACGCGGGAGAAGAUUGAAAGCGACCUGAAGAACUGGCAGGAGAAGUUUGCGAAAGCCGCAGACAAGGGAACUGAAGAUCUAGAGGAGCGCGUGAAGGAGAUCACUGAUCGCCAAAUUAAAAACCAGGCCCAUGGAGUCGGCGAGGCCUUGGUUGUCCAGCUGGAAGAGACAUCCAGAUCUGAAUUGGUAAAGCUCAAGAAAGAAAUAAUGGUCUUGGUCAAGAAGCUUCCCGAAGGUUACGACGAUACCGACCUUGGCAGGGCUACUCUUUCGUUAUCAAGAUCAACGAGGCAUGCUGGUGUUACGGUGAAGGACAAAGCACAGAGCUUGAGAACCUGGAAAGACAACUUUGACUUGGAGACUCAAUCACUUGUGUAUGCGGCAUCCGAAUCAACAUUGGACGUUAUCGAUAACAUCCGUGACCUCGGCCUGCAAGAAAUUGGCCUUCGAUGGGCUCAAAUGGAAGGCGUCACUUACAAGGACUGGUCAAAAUAUCACGAGGUCAAAAAAACUUUCGACGAAUGGCGCCAGAAGGUUGAAGCCGUUGCAAAGAACCACGAGGGAUUGCAAAAGGCGAAGGAUGCUGGAGAGGAAGUCGAGUCGAGAGGCAUGGCUUCCGCCGAAAAAACAGCUAAGGAACUUGCCCGAUUGAAGGAAGUCGGUCAAUGGAAGAUUGAAGCAAAGGAUGCCUCGGAUGACUUCAGUACCAAAUACAUGCCUGCUGCUGCCGCCGCAGGGGCUCAAAAAGUAAUGGACAAAGCUAGUUCAGCCAGCGAACAUGUCGUUGGGACAUCUCAAGGUACCGUCGAGUCUAUCGUCUCUGAAGCCACCGAGAAAGCUUCGGAUGCGGCAUCGAGUGUCUCCGCUGCGGCUGUUGGUACUGAGCCUGGGGUCGGUGAGCAGGCGAAUUCCAGUGUCAUGGACGCAGCCAGCGUCGUUUCAGAGAGAGCAAGCGAAGCUGUAGUGGGCACACCCAAACCGAAAGUUCAAAGCAUUGUUUCUGCUGCCAAGGAAAAAGCCAAUCAGAUAGCCUCUGACGCCGGCGAGACCGUCGCUGGAACACCAGCACCAGGAAAAAGAGCUUCAAGUAGUGCAACUUCUGUCAUCUCAAGCGCUUCCUCAGUGGCAAGCAAGGCUUCGAAAAAGGUAUACGGAGGAGCAAUGGCUCAGAAAGUUGGCGAGCAGAAGCCCAUACUCGACGAUGUCUUCAGUGACGAUGACGAUGCGACCUACUCCGAGAAAAUGCAAAGUAUGGUCAAUCAAGCUGGCGAAAAAUUCGCGGAUGUCACAAAAGCCGUCAAUGAGGCUUUAAUGAAAGCCAAAACAACGCAAGGAACAGUCGAGAGCGCUUCAUCGGUCGCAGACGAACAGUACUCAAAGGCACUUGCGGCAGCUUCGAGCGUCCUGUAUGGCACUGAAACAGGCGCCGUCGAGAGUGCAACGAGUGUAGCGUCGAGCAAGUAUGCCCAAGCUGUAGAAAUGGCGUCCUCAAUUAUUUACGGGACUUCGACCCCUGUGACGCAAUCUGCCGCCAGCGGAGCUUCCUCAGCAUAUGCGAAAGCCGUUUCCAGAGCAAACGAACAGUACUCGCACGCAAGGUCUAUCAUUUCUGCGCAAGUUACUGGAGAGCCAAAGUCAGUUCACGAGGAUAUGUUCGCUUCAGUGGAGAGCGGCUAUUCUGGAGCACUGGCUGCGGCCAGCGACUACUUCCAGGGGGUUUUUGAUGCAGCCUCAACUGCUGCUUAUGGUACGCCGCUGAGUCCUCAACAAUCUUUUGUCGCUGCAGCGGAUGCAAAAUACUCGGAUGCAAUGUUAGCUGCAUCGUCUCAACUCGACUCUGCGAAAACGGCAAUGGGAUCUACGUCAACCCCCGGUUAUGAGAAAUUCAUGUCUGAAGCCAGCGAACGUUAUUCAAGCUUGAUUGGAGCUGCCAGUUCUUCUCACGCAUCUGCAACAAAAGCGGCCAGCGAAGCGAUUUAUGGUCCAAGUCAAGGCGUCUUUGAAUCCAUAUCAGCACUUGCUUCAUCAAGGCUCGCGGAUAGCUUGAGUGCCGCCUCCGCUCAAUAUUCCAGUGUGAAGACUGCGAUGGGUGCAACCCCUACUCCAGUCCAUCAACAAUACGUUGCGGAAGGCCAACGCCGAUAUUACGAGGCGGUGGGCUUAGCUCAUGACCGCUACUCGGAGUUUCUUGGAGCAGCGACAAACGCAGUGAUGGGGACUCCAACGCCAAAACACGAGAGCUUUGCUAGCGUUGCGUCAGAAAGACUUUACGGCACCCAAACACCUGCUUAUCAAUCAUUGUUGAAUGCAGCUCAGUCGCAGUACAGCGACGCAGUAUCUCAGGCUUCUGAAAAACUGGAUUCCGUCAUGGGUUCAGCGAAUUCAGUUGUUGGAAAGACAAGCAAGUCGCCAGCACAGAGCAUAUUUGACUCGGCCUCCUCUCAGUACAAUUCAGCAAUUUCCCUGGCAUCUGCGUCGCUGUCUUCAGUUUCUGCCGCUGCAAGUACUGCAAUCAUUGGUAGUUCAACGGGCAAAGUCGAGUCCAUGGCAUCAGCGGCCUCCGAGAAAGCGUCUUCAAUCUCUUCCGCGGCUAGCGCUGGUGUCAUUGGUUCUGAGACGCCAUGGACAAAGUCCGUUGCAAGUCAAGCGUCCACGAACUGGGAUGCUCUUGUUUCUCAAGCCUCGGAGAGGGUCUAUGGCGCUCCGGCCCCUUAUUCGCAGUCGGUCCUCUCGCAAGCCGGCGAGUACGCAUCGCAAGCCACUGACGCAGCCGCAUCACAAUAUCAAGCUGUCCAGGCUCUCUUCUCCGAGCUUGUCCAUGGCAGGGAGCCGGAUUUCACCGAAUCAGCCAUGAACCGCCUGAGCGCGGCCUACUACACCGGUGCACUCGCCAGCGUCGCGGCUUCCGCGUCGAGUUAUGCAAGCGAUGUCUAUGCCUCUGCAUCUUCAGUCGUCUCUACCGUGUUUACUCCUCCCGCCACUCUUGAAGCGAUCAUCGCCGCAGCAAAUGAGCAAGUCAACGCUGCUGUUGAGGCCGCAAGCAACGCGUAUCAUGGGUCAAGCAAAGGGACAUAUGAGCAAGGCACAUCUGCCGCCGCUAGUGCUGCAUCGUCGGUCUCAUCACGCGCUAGUGAAGCCAUCUAUGGGACUCAGCCAAGCUUUGUCGACUCAGCUCAAGUUAGUCUCAAUGAUGUAGCGAGAUCUGCGCAGGAUGCCAUCUCGGCCGCUCUCUACGGCACCACGGCGACAGCAGCCACGGCCAGUUUCACUAACGCUGCUAGCAAUGCUUAUGCCUCCGUCUCUUCAGUGGUGGCAGACAACGCGGCUGCCGCAAGUUCAGCUAUGGAUGCCACUCAAUCCAAGAUCAGAGAGGCUGUUUAUGGCCCGGAGAAAGGAGCCAUGGAAAGUGCACAGGGGAGACUCAUGGCCGCGGUAGAGAGUGCAAGGGCCAAGCUGGCUGAGUUUGGAAGUGGUGUACAGGAGACUACUGAGGAUUUGGUCAGCAGUGUCAGUAGCGCUGCUGCCAAGAUGACCGAUACUGUGAGAGAUGAGCUGUAA